AUGGUAACCAUCUGUCCCCAAAAAACGAGCGGUGUCUCUCUUCAUUCUCAGGAAGUCUCCCUGGACUCCGCCUUGAAAGAGGAUGACUGUGGAGAUGGUGAGUGCGUUUUGAAUGCCAUUCAGCUCAAGGGCUUGAAGAAGGAGCUGCAAGAGGGAGAUGAAAGUUGGUUGAAAGACAUCAACAGCAAGACUAAGAACCACUUCAAACACAUUUUGGCUCCGUUGCAGAAACCCAUUGUCACGAACUAUCAAUAUCUGGCUGAAUUGGAGAAAUUCGUGAACUACACGAUGAUGAAGAUUGAAAAUGCCACCGGAAGAGCCGUGAUUUGGAAUCGAAAGUCCUUGCUCCAGGAAGAUGAAGAUGAGGAGUCAGAUGAAGUGUCAGAUGAGGAGUUGCAGAGCAGCUAUGGCCGCCGACGCCGUUCCAUCAAAGGAGAAGACUUGCCUCCACGUGCGCGUUACAUCAACAAGAUCCUGAUCUAUUUGAACAAGGAGAUGGAGGCAGUAUGGAACUAUAACACCAUUGUGGACCGUAAGCGCUGGGGUGUGGGCAACACCAUUACCUCGUCUCCUUAUGGCCCUCAUGGAGAACAUCCCAAGCGUUGGAGGGCCAACGUCACCGUCCCUUUUCCCACCCACGCACCUGUCUCUCCAGUAUUGAAUGUGAACAACUCGCUGACGAUGCACAUGAAGGCCGAAGAUCGAAAGUACGACAACAAGUACGCGAUGCAGUUGCAAGCGGACUACCAGUCCUUGAUUGACAACAUCAAUGAUGCCAGCAAGAAGUGCAACGACCUUCGAAAACGCCUUUACAAGAUGGAUGCCUACGCCGAUAAAUUUAUCAAGCUCCCAAGUGGAGUGUGGAACAAAAUUGCUCUGCAGAUGGUGGAAAAUGUGAUGGGUAAAAUCGUGCAAAAGUUGCUGAUGCCCAAGGUGGCACCUGAUUGGUAUGCUGGUACUCGCCGCCUUACAGAGUUUCCAGAAACCUCUGCAGAAAGUCUUCUCCUCAUGGCUUUCGUGACGUUGGAAGUGCCUGACAUGGAGGUGGCCAUGGAUUUUUUCAUCGGACUUGGGGGCAAGGAGGGAACCGAGGUGGAUGGAGCUCGAGUGGUCCAGAUUGGCGCCAGUCAGCUUCGAUUGGUGUCCGGCUUCCCGCCGAGUCGCAGUGAUCUGGCCGCCUGGCCUGGGCAAUUCUACAUUUGG